CUUCUCCCCCCCUUUCUCCCCCUUCAUUCCUUGUGACCCGCUCGCGUCCUCCACUCUAAAUCUUCAUCUUCGAUCCUUUAUUUUUUGACUAUCUUUGUUCCCUUCCUUUCCUUCAUUUCUUAAUUCUCACCUGGCUUGUCCAGCCAUGUGUCCUGGUCAUCUUUACCUCCUCUAGACUAGCACAAUGCCACUCAACACCUUUGCCUUGAGUGUGGCCCUCACUCCGGCCGUCCUCCAGACCCUGAUCUCGCAUUACGUCCAUCGCAAGUCGCUUCGUGAGAAGCCCAACGUCCACAUCACCUACGAUGAAGCCAUCCGCAUCCUGCGUGAAUUCCUCGUCUAUGCGUCCAAGCAUCCCGUGGAGGAUCUACAGGCCUUUACCUGCCAGAGAGUGCCUGCACCCCAUUGGGUGAAGCUGCAAACCGUGACGGUGUCGGAGGCAUACCUCUCGUCAGCGGCGAAGGCUAUCAACCAGCAGUUGGGCCCCAAGGGCAUCGCGCGGGUUGGAGGGAGUGAGUGGUGGCAAUGGCGUGGACCAGCCGAGGACCUCAAGGGGGAGUGGAUUGAGAUGAAGGAUGAUUACAACGAGCGGAAGCAGACGAGUCGCGAUCAUCCGAGCCAGAAGCGGAUCAUGCUGUAUAUCCACGGUGGGGCGUACUUCUUUGCUAGUCUGGAUACCCAUCGCUAUCAGAUGCAGCGACACGCCAGGAAACUCAAAGGUCGGGUUUUUGCACCUAAAUAUCGCCUGGCGCCGCAGUUUCCGUUCCCGUGCAGUCUACAAGACUCGCUGGCUGCAUACCUGUACCUGUUGGAGGAUCAUGAUCCGAAAGAGAUUAUUUUCGCCGGUGACUCGGCCGGUGGAGGAAUGGUCUUCUCAAUGCUUGUCAUUUGUCGCGAUCAAGGACUGCCUUUGCCUGCGGGUGCUAUUUUAAUUUCUCCCUGGGUGGACCUCACGCAUUCAUUCCCCAGCAUUGUCGCGGACAACCCGGGCGAUUAUAUUCCUCCCUAUGGCUUCAGGCAUAAACCCUCCGCUGCAUGGCCGCCGCCAAAUGCGGACGAGCUGCGUGAGCUCAAGAAAGGCCUCAAAAAACACCCACCCAGCCAGAGUGAGGCUCUUAAGGCCAUCCCGAAUGACAGCGAGGCCGAAGAUACAGCAGCGAAGGGGUAUUCGAGCCGUAGGAACAGCGCGGCUGAUGCAGAACGUGCCUGCGACAUCGAGCACGAGACUGUCAAGGUGGUACUUGAUGGGGAAACAGUGGAGGUCAAGGACCAGAUUCACAUGUACACGACCAACGAACUCUUGUCCCAUCCUCUUGUUUCUCCUGUCUUCCAGCCAUCAUUGGGGGGCCUACCUCCCCUGCUGAUCCAAAGCGGAGGCGGCGAAAUGCUACGAGACGAGCAGUUCUACAUUGCACAUAAGGCCGCCAACCCGACGGCAUACCCGCCCAGUGACAAGUUUCUCGAUGAGCAUGAUCCAUCACGGGAGAUCCUCCGCAAAUACCCCGGUACCCAUGUGCAGCUUCAAGUCUGGGACGACCUCUGCCACGUUGCUCCCACUCUCAGCUUCACCCGUCCAGCGAAGUAUAUGUACCGGGCGAUUGCUCAAUUCGGGGCCUGGGCUCUGGCAUGUGCGCAGAAAGAGGAGGUGGACAUCGAAGAUCAGCGGUCCGGGUCAUCCAGCGACUCUGAUAACCCAGGAGACGCUACUAAUGGCACAGCCAACGGCACUGCAGUCGCAUCGGUUGGAAAGGCAGGCGAUCCAUUACCGGCCUUCAAAGAUCGCAUGAUCCGUCAACGGGUCGACAAACGCGGCAAUAUCUACCCGCUUGAUCCUCCGUCUGAAUGCCCUGUUCUCCAGAUUCCCAGCUCCGAAGUCGGUACUUUCAAUCCCAAGCUUGUUCGGGGAUGGCUGGCAGCCAAGGAGGAGUGGGACGAGAAAUUCGCGAAGGAAAGGCUCCGGGUUCAGCGACAGCGGAUCAAGGAACUGGCCUACGGGCUCCAAGCGUUCAAGGACGAGCUGCCUCCCCCCAGUUCACUCGCUGCGAGACGACAUGCUCCUGGCGUCUUGCCCUCAAAGACCGGCCGCAAGAGUUACCCCAUGACCAUGUGGAGCAGACUGGCCAGCAAGCAGGAUGAAAGAUCUAUCGCGAAAGAACAGCUGAAAGGAGGCGAGGUCAAACGAAAGAGUGUCGAUGCCGGGCGCGCCGGAGCGUCAAUGGACGAGGCCAACAGAUCGAAAGCCGAGAGUUUACGCCCGUCCUCCCAACCGGCCACCCUUGCCUCGCAUCCUACAAAUAUAGUCAUUGUUCCAACACAGUCAGAGAAAGGGAGCGUAGCCUCUCACAAGACGUCAGCCGACGCAGUUGAUCAGCUGGGAACCUCUCCCCCGCAGGGUACAGCUCUCAGUAAGUCCAGCAGCCGACUCAUGUUACUACCCGAAUACGAGGGGAAAACGCUCCUCGACGAGAACGCCAGCACAAGGACGCUUUUCCGUGAAGCCGGCGCCAUCCCCACAUCAGAUGGCGCUUGGUCACGACUGCGCCAACGUCCAUUGUCCCAUGCCGGUUCCGGCACUAUUCGCAGCGAAUUUACCUCCGAGCUCCCUGAAGAUAGCAGCACGAUCGGCGAUGAGAAGUCCCUUGCAGUCACCAACACAGGAGUCGACGAAGCCAGUACCCGUGCUGUGCUGCGCGCCGGUGGCGUGGUGGGACUGAUGAGCGAUGAUGGCGACUCAGCGUAUCGCUCGUUUGAUGCGCAGUCGGCAACAGAUGCGGGGGAUGCUGAAUCUGCACCUGGAGGUGUCCAGGGUGAUUCUGGAGGGGUGAAUGGCAGUGCUGAAGUUGACAAGCACGCGCGUCCGACCAUGCCGGAUCGCGAGUUCUUCAAGACAGCCGAGGAGUAUGUGCCUUAUUGAGUUGGCAGUCAGUGGUUGUCGGAGAUCAUAUACCUCUUGAACUCCUGUCAUUUCCUGCAUUGCGUCAUGGCAAGUAUAUGUCACUGUUCUACCUAGCCUUGAUCUAUCGUUUCGUUAUUUUGAAAUACCCCUUCGUUUGCAUAUUACAAAGACAUACACCAACUUGAAUACCUGCAUGACUGUACAUACCGCAAUCACAUAAACCUGAAUUUAACCAUAACACAUUUUGGGU